AUGCAAAUCAAAGCUGCGACCCAGAGGUGCCUUGUCACGAGGCAAUCUACGACCUCAACAUGGAUAUACUGUGCUAUAGGUUCUGCAGAUGGAGAUUAUGUUGACCGCGGCCAGCACAGCUUGGAAACUAUUAGUCUUCUGCUUGCUUUGAAGGUCGAGUAUCCCCAAAAUGUACAUCUAAUCCGUGGGAAUCAUGAAGCUGCAGAUAUCAAUGCCCUUUUUGGCUUUCGAAUUGAGUGCAUUGAACGCAUGGGUGAAAGAGAUGGAAUCUGGGCAUGGCAUCGGAUAAACAGAUUGUUCAACUGGCUCCCUCUGGCAGCAUUAAUUGAGAAAAAGAUCAUUUGUAUGCAUGGUGGGAUUGGGAGGUCAAUAAAUCAUGUUGAGCAAAUUGAGAAUCUUCAGCGUCCCAUUACGAUGGAAGCAGGCUCAAUUGUUCUCAUGGAUUUAUUGUGGUCUGACCCAACAGAAAAUGACAGUGUGGAAGGAUUACGACCAAAUGCAAGAGGUCCUGGGCUGGUUACCUUUGGGCCUGAUCGCGUGAUGGAAUUCUGCAACAACAAUGAUCUUCAACUGAUUGUACGGGCACACGAAUGUGUGAUGGAUGGCUUUGAGCGAUUUGCCCAGGGACAUUUAAUUACGCUUUUCUCAGCUACCAAUUACUGUGGCACAGCAAAUAAUGCUGGUGCAAUCUUAGUUUUGGGUAGAGAUCUUGUUGUGGUUCCAAAGCUUAUACAUCCGUUGCCACCAGCAAUUUCAUCACCAGAAGCUUCACCUGAACGUCAUAUAGAAGAUACAUGGAUGCAGGAGCUUAAUGCUAACAGACCACCGACACCAACUAGAGGCCGUCCUCAAAUUAUGGAACCCAGAUUGUUUCUCUAUGCUCCUCUCCUCCAGGCUUGCGCUAAUACCUGGAACAUUGGAAUUUUUCACUCAAUGGAUAAGCCCACAGAGGACGAAGAUCCCGAGUUUGAAAGCCACAUCUCAAAAGGCUGGCAGGUAGAAGUUACAGUCCUGUUUGUUUUUCCCGUCGGGUGGGUGGUGCUGGGCACAGCAAAUAAUGCUGGUGCAAUCUUAGUUUUGGGUAGAGAUCUUGUUGUGGUUCCAAAGCUUAUACAUCCGUUGCCACCAGCAAUUUCAUCACCAGAAGCUUCACCUGAACGUCAUAUAGAAGAUACAUGGAUGCAGGAGCUUAAUGCUAACAGACCACCGACACCAACUAGAGGCCGUCCUCAAGUUACUAAUGAUCGGGGUUCUCUUGCCUGGAUUUAGAUUAUGGAACCCAGAUUGUUUCUCUAUGCUCCUCUCCUCCAGGCUUGCGCUAAUACCUGGGUUUUCGGUGGUCUGUAUAUAGCAUGACACCAUUUGGGGGAUUCCCUGAACUUGUGAUCUUUGUUCCUGUUGGGUAUCUGAUGGAUUGCAGAACAUUGGAAUUUUUCACUCAAUGGAUAAGCCCACAGAGGACGAAGAUCCCGAGUUUGAAAGCCACAUCUCAAAAGGCUGGUAGUUUACUGUACUCGGAAUGUGAGAGCAGUUUGGGUUCCCAAAAAUUUCCCUUUGUACAUUGAGCCGCAGGCAGGUAGAAGUUACAGUCCUGUUUGUUUUUCCCGUCGGGUGGGUGGUGCUGGGUAUUUUUAUUGGUAGUUCUAUAUAUUUUUCAUCCCUCGUGUAGGUGUAUUAUUAUUAUUUUUUUUUUCAAAAAAGAGUUCAUGACGUCCCCCCCAUAUGUGAUUGGUCAGGUAUGGUGUGAAAAUCCUGGGCAUUCAUGUAUCAUAGAGGUAUUGCUUUGUUUAAUUUUUUUUUUGGUUUUCUGCUCUGUAGAAUGUAACUUUUGUGUGGAGAUAAGAGGCUCUUUUGCAUAUGUGAGAAGAUUGGACUCAUCGUCCAUUUUCACAGUUUUAUCUUUUUAUUUGCCAACUAUAUUCUCUUGAUAAUAGGCAGGAGGAACAAGCUUUGAGGCUCUGAUUCAGAAAAAUAG